AUGAUAGAGGCUUCGACACGCACGCCCUCAAUGGAUCCUUCCUACGGCCAUUCUCGCACACGAACCACCUCCUCCUCCGUCUUUCCCUCGCAACAACCUCAACAACCUCAACAACCUCAACAACGGCAGUACCAUCAACAGCAGUAUCCUCAGCACCAAAACCCUCCUCAGCAACCGUACAGCCAGCAUCACCACCAGCACCAGCAUCAGCUCCAUCCUAAUCAUCACGCUCACCAACACCACCACCCGAUGCAUUCAAAUCCGCAGUAUCACGCUCAACAGCCGUCGUCGCACUCGACCUCCAACCCUCAAUUAUGGCGCAGGUCGCCUUCCAUCGGUGGUUUUAGCAACGCUUCGAGCUUUCAACAGGCACCCCCAGCCGCCUACCGUACCUCAACCAGCGAUCUUCGUCGUUCCAUCUCGAGUCGCUCCGUCGGAACCCAGGGCGGCGGCAGCAGCUACGUCGCUCUCCUCCGCAAGCAAAAAGCCACCGUAUGGUGCGACCGCGCCCAGUACGAGGAUCCCCGCCUCGUCGCCCAGCAGCGUGCUGCCAAGAUGAGGGCCAAUCUCGAGGUCGUCAGCGGCAACAACCCGGGCCGCACCCAGACGGGCCUUGCAUCAGCCAAGGUCGCCGGCAAGAUUCGACACGGCAAGGCUCCCGUCGUAGGCUAUGCUCCUGGAGAGACGCACGUCGGUGUCGGUGGUGUCCCACUUCGCCUCAGCGCUAGGGAAAUUGACGGCGACGGCAGCGACGACGACGACAAUACCGGGCCCAUGAUGGCCUCGCGCAAGGAACAGCAUCACCGCCGCGCUGGCAGCAGCGGACGCAGCAGCACCGGCUCUGGUCGCCAGCCACAGUACAGGUCCUCGGGGAGCGGCACCCCUGCCCGCAACCCCAGCCUGGCCGAUACCCCUGAACGCACCGAAAGCUUUGUCACCACCAAGACGCAUCAGCAAAAGCAGCCCAUCGACGAAUCGGCCGGACCGACAGAUGAUGCAGCAAGCGGACGUGCGCAAAGCUCUCGAAGUGGCAACAGUGAGCGUCGCGAUGAUGUUCUCGAACUCGGUCAGGGCCCUAAGUCGGCGCACAACUCGAAGCUGCACUCGGCUCUCACGAGAGAAAAGAGCGUCAAGAGUCCCGAGGAGCUUAAGCGUCGCGGAAGUGUUGACGAGCGAACAUCUACUCUCACCUCUGGCCGCCUCUUCAUCGCCAACCCCGAUUAA